GUUUUUGCUCUUGAACAUAAUUACAAUUAAAUUAUUUAACUUAUUAUUAAGUUUUGUUUCGGUCUGUGUUUUUGCCACUGUUGUUGUGUUUCGCGCGCCAAGCUGCAUUUGUGUUGCAGUUCAAUUACAUAUUAUUGGAAAACCAUAGCAAGGAAAAGUGCGGGCGAUAAAUAAAAUGCUGCUUCUAUAAUAAAUAGCGUGCUCCAUGUCCAACUACAACUGGCAGCCGAAUUUUGUUGGGCAUCCGUUUGUCAAGAUUGUGACCCAUGUGAAAUGCCUUAUGAAAAAUUCAAUAAAAAGCGCCGACAAUGGGAGGAUAGUGGUGUAUUAGAGCUUAUUAAACUAUGGAAAGUUUGCGCCUAUGAGCUGCGCACAAUUAAAAGAAAUGGGCACCUUUAUGUGGCGAUGGCCAAGCAACUAACGGGUCUUGGUGUGCCCGUUACAGCGCUAGAAGUUCACUUCAAGGUAAAUAAUUUAACACAACGCUAUAGACAAGAACAAAAGACAUUUGAGACAACAGGCAUCAUAAGCACAUGGAAGUUUUACAGCCAGGUGGAUGAUGUAUUUAAAAGUUUGGCUGCACACACAGGUUAUAAAGAUAAACGCAUGACGAGCAGCUCGAAUGCGAGCAGCCUACCAUCCACAUCCGAGUCACCAGUUUGGAAAAAUCCAAUGUCUCAGCAAGAGUUUAACAGCAACAACACGGAGGGGUUCUAUAAAACGGAGUACGGCAUGCAUCGUCAUUUUAUGGACCACUCCCAACCGCCACCAAAUGCUGGUAAUGUGGAUAAUUUUAUGGCCUCCUCAGCGGCGGUGGCGGCUGUUGCUGCUGCAGCUUCGGCGCGUUUAGCGGAUAGCAAUAUGGAGCAGCAAAUGCAAAAUGCUGGCGGCUCUAAUGCAGGUGGUCCGGGUGGAAAUAGCAAUGGCGUUGUACCCAACUAUAAUAAAAUCAAAAAAUCCCACGAGGACUACGAUAAAUUUGUGGAUAUUGUUAAAAAUAUUGUUGAUACGCACAAAAGUUCGCCCGACAAGGUGGAUACCUUUAGCGACUUUAUCAAAUCCUAUAUGAAGCGCUGGCCCGAACGUCUGCAGGACGAGGCCAUCAAUCAUAUAACAAACUAUGUGAUUGUCAAGAACAUGGAGCACAGCAUGGGCGGGGGCGGCGGAGGCUUGCAUAAUCCAGAGGGCGUCAAUAAUCGGCAAUAACAAUACAAGCAGGAGCCCAACAACUAACAGUUUGUUGGACACAGCAGCUCCACGUAUAAAUGAACACACUCAGCAUGGAUUACUUAAGAGUGGCGCGCAGUUACUUAAAAACAGGAAUUUUUAAUUUGCAGACAAAACCCAAUAUCAACCAAUACGGUUUAGCUUAGCUCUUAGUUUAUAUAUACAUA